CAAACCACGAGCUGAGAGUUUUUACACAACAGAAGGAAGAGUCCCAUUGUCGGGAGUGUAACGUGCCAGAAAAUAGUUCGUGUAGUGCUAUUAUUUUAUUCUCAGAAUCGUAAUCAUACUAUUUAGUUGAACAUAUCCCUCACAGAAACUAAAUAAAUAUUUGGAAGGAAACAACUUUGAGCAUUAGCCGGAGUAAUCCUGACUGAACAGCAAUGAGUGACCCUGAGCCUGCAACAUUCUCUUCUGUUGAACAAGAGAGGGACUACUGGAAGGAACAGGCUGCCAAACACCAGCAAAGGGCUGAGGAGGCACAGGAGGAGCUGCAGGAGUUUCAGCAGAUGAGUCGAGACUAUGAGGCAGAGCUGGAGACUGAGCUGAAGCAGUGUGAUGCCCGUUAUCGCGAGCUUCUUACCACCAACAACAGACUCCGCAUGGAACUAGAAAAUUACAAGGAGAAGUACGAAAUUCAGCACUCUGAGGCAGUCAGGCAGAUCUCGACUCUAGAAGGAGACCUGGCAGAGACCACAGCCAUCAAAGACCAACUGCACAAAUAUAUCCGGGAGUUAGAACAAGCCAACGAUGACCUGGAAAGAACUAAGAGGGCGACUAUAAUGUCACUUGAGGACUUUGAGCAGAGAAUGAAUCAUGUUAUAGAGAGAAAUGCCUUCCUCGAGAGUGAGCUUGAUGAAAAAGAGAAUCUUCUAGAAUCAGUACAGAGAUUAAAAGAUGAAGCCCGAGAUUUAAGACAGGAACUGGCUGUUCAGCAGAAACAGGAGCGCAAGCCGUCAAUCAGCCUUCCUAAAGAUAUAGAGAAGCCAGAGGCCACACCCUCCAGACCCUCGUCUGUUGUGACCUCUGCCCUCCCAUCUCUCCACGCCACACCCUCCAGACCUCCUGGCUCAGGGACCGCAUUCAACACCCCCUCCGCUUCCUACAGCAGAAUUGAAGGUCUGACUGGAACUCCUCUCACCACAUCUGCAAGAAUAUCUGCCCUCAAUAUCGUUGGAGAACUGUUGAGGAAAGUUGGGAACCUUGAAUCAAAGCUGGCAUCAUGCAGAGAGUUACACGUCCAUGAGAAAACACCUAGCCGUGCGGCGAUAAGUCAGGGUACACCAAGCAUUUCACGGGAAACCCCAGAAAUCCCAUCCAACACAAAUGGCUUGUAUGAUAAGGGGAUGGUGAAGCGGUUGGACUUUGGAACAGGACCCAAGAUAAUGCUGUGAAUAAAGUCAUAUUCGCUACCAGUGCACAAGCAUGUCUUUCGCUCUCAUUGGGAGAACAAGUAUUCCUAAACCAUUAAUAUGGAAAUGCUUUAUUUUCAAGAGCUGAAUCAUAUCUUAUGCCCCAAGUCUUCCACUAUCUGAGAAGGGGCCUGCUUUAACAUUCAUAUCAACCCUGUUGUUGUGUCUGUGGACUGAAACUACUACCUGUAAUUUUACUAUUUUGUUGGAGAUUUGCAUUGUGGUUUUGCAGAUGUGCUAUCUCUUAAAUUCACUGUGUGUUUUUUUUUUUUGUUUUUGUUGUGUUGUUUUUAGAUAUCUGGUGAUUUAUAGCAGUUUUAAAUGUAUCUGCACUGUCAUUUUUAUUUGCUCUUUUUGGGACCAUAAAUUGGGAGACUGUUACAGGUCACUGGCAGAUAUACCCCUGCAGUCCCAUUAUAUUUGGCACUAAACUACUGAUCAAUGUCCAGUGAAAUGCCUAUUGUGGGUCACAGGACUGAAACAAGGUAAAUAGCAGGUUCAUUUUUAAUUUAGAAAUACCUGAUUUUAUUUUAUUUAGAAACUAGCAUCUUAAUGAUAUAUGUUUGUUACUAACUGAAUGUCAUGUCUUUAGUGUUUUGAUUUGAAAUUCUAAGGAGGUUGGUCAGAUGUUAUCAACUGAAGCUGUUGUUCAUAUCGUUGCCUUGUAGGGGCUGACGUAAGUAACCAACAGUAGGCAAAAUGUUUACGCAUGAUCCUUUCUGGGGCCUUUUUGUUUCUAGUAAUAGCUAGUGAACUGUCAGUGCCAUCUUUGUUUUCAAAGAUUAUAUUGCAGUACUGGAGGGUAGUUGCUAUCAUAUUAUGCGCUGAACAUGAAUUUAAUGUGCCUUAAUUUUGUGGCCAUAAUAAGCUUUGCCUCAAAGUUAAUUUGGGUAUUGGGGAACUUAUUAGCCCGAAGGGAGUUGCAGCUUUCCAAUGUAUUAAUUCUCUGAUGUGUCAGGGAUUCCAUUAACAGGAGAAAUGGAAUUCUGAGUGGCGUUUAAUCGCUUAGUUUUCACAUUUCGUUUUGAGUUGUACAUUUAAGAAACAAGCAAUAUGAAUACUUCAGUGAAGGGUACAGAUAUUUUUAUGUUAAAAAUAGUUGUAAAGAAAAAUUGAUACAUUAUAUUAUCCAUUUUUGCUUAGAGGUACUAAUGAAAAAUGAUAGAAAUGGAGUAUCAUGAUUGAUAGAUUUAUCACACUUGAUCGCACCAUCUCAGGGCCUCAUGAAAGCAAUAACUUCACUAAAGAUGUCAUUACAGUUCAAAUUCUGUCAAGUAUUUGUCUCUAUGCACAAGUCAUGCACAGUUGCCAAUUAUUGCCAUCAUGGGUUUUCUUUGUUAUAAAUGAACCUAAACGUCUGCAAUGUCCAUGCGUUCUUCAGCAAAGGCAAUGCAAAGUUUAUCCUGUCUGUAAAACCAUUUCAUUGUUGGUUAAUCCAUAACCUUCAAAAUAAAUGUGUAGUUAACAGGA